CCUCCCCUUUCUCUCCCUCCUCUCCACCUCCCUCCCUUCAACCCCACCUUCCUCCCUCCUCCCCUUCCCCUCCCCACUUCCCUCCCUCCUCCUCCUCAGGCGUUUUAAGAUCAGGAAGGUGCGUGGGUGACUCUUAGUACGUUCCAAGGUGCGGAUAGAGGAGCAAUGUAAUGAAGUGCCGUGGGUGUUUUCAUCAGUGCUGGAGGAGAAAAAUAACAAAGGCAACGAUUUUUUGUUUUCGAGCGCUCAGCAACAGAUGACAAAAAUGCUUUAGGAGGACGGACAGUGAGGACAGCUGCUUGCAGGCAGAAUGGGAUCCAAGAAGGAAGAGAUUAGAAUGAAAUUUUAGGGAAGAAAAGCGAAUGGGUGAGCUAAAGAGGAAUUAGAUAAUUUUAUUAGAUAAGAGGGAUGGAAUAGGGUGUUUAAAAGAGGGGUGAGCUAAAUAAGAGAAAUAGAAGAAGGGAAAUAAAAGUAGGUGAUUAAGAGAUGGGGAAUGAAAUAAGAGAAAUGAAGGAAGGGAGAUAAGAUACAAGAGAGAGAGAGAGAGAGAGAGAGAGAGAGAGAGAGAGAGAGAGAGAGAGAGAGAGAGAGAGAGAGAGAGAGAGAGAGAGAGAGAGAGAGAGAGAUACUAUAAUCAAAAUAAGGGAACCAAAGUAAAAGCAAUAAAGAUACGGGAAUCUAAUAAGGGAGACAGGAGCACGGCACUCUUUCGUAAAACAUGUUGGCCAAGAAUAGAAUCUACAUCGCCCUCCCUCUGGUGUUUAUGGUGGCUGUCUACAAGAGUGGCUUGAUCACGAAUCAGACGAGAUUUCUGAAGCCUGUGCCGCCGCCCGUGGCUCCAGAUGGAACUCCAGCUUCUCGGAGCCAAAGAAUUCCAACUACAGCAUCACACGACGUCGCGUUCGAAGACAACAUUUCGAAGGCGCUGCAUCACAACAGCAGCUGGUCUUCAGCGGAAGUGUCCUCAUCAAGUGCGCUUGGAGAACGAAGGAAAGAAAACAUCCCCGAUGCAACUCAGACAGAAAAAUCCGAAACGAAAAAGAUUCUUUUCUACACCAAGUUCUUCAGCGAGGGCUGGCAGACCUUCUUGGGCAACAGAACGAACCUGACCUUACAAGGUUGCCCUGAAGCCCGUUGCGUGUUCACCUUUGACCCCGACGACGACCAAGACGAUGCCGACGCCCUCAUCUUCCACGCCAACGAUUUCGACGCCAAGGCGGUGCCAAGGGCGCGGCGACCCCACCAGAAGUACGUCUGGUUCAACCUUGAAGCCCCGGUGCCCAGGGGAGAUCACCAGAGGGGCAGGCCCUGGGGUCGCGACUUCUUCAACUGGACCUUCACUUACAACAGGGACUCUGACUUGUUCAUGCCGUACGGCGUGUUCACGCCGCUUCAAGCUGAAGAACAUGAUCUCUCGGGCCGACCUUCGCUCAUGAAUAAAAGCAGCACGAUCUUCCUCAAGUACAUGCAAGACCUGAACAACAACGUUUCCCUCGAGGACGACCUCCAGCACGACUGGUCCUCCUUCCUGCGUCGGCCGAAAAUUGUUGCUUGGAUGGUGUCGAACUGCUUCACUUGGUCAGGUCGCGAAAAGUACGUGCAGGAGUUGCAGAAAUACGUACAGGUGGACGUGUACGGCAAGUGCGGGUCUCUCACGUGCGGCAAGAACCACCGUGACACGUACUGCUACACUGACGUCCUCUCCUCCAGUUAUCUCUUCUACCUGUCCUUCGAGAACAAUUUGUGCCGGGAUUACAUAACCGAGAAGGUGUGGUUUCCGAUGCUCCACGGGCUGGUGCCAGUAGUCUAUGGAGGGGCUACAUAUAUAGACUACCUCCCCCCACACUCCUACAUUGAUGCGAGGACUUUGUCGCCGAGGGAUCUUGCUGAACUCCUUAUCAAGGUAUCCAACUCCCGCACAGAAUACGCUCGCUAUCACCUGUGGCGCCAGUACUGGAAGGUCAAGCCGUUCCCUCCCUUGUGCGAACUCUGCUUCAAGCUUCACCGGGAGAGCAACGUGACGACCGUGCCCGACCUCCAAGCCUGGUGGACCUCGGCCAACAACUGCACUUACCUGCGACCGUCUUCGGCUUCUGGGGUUUUGUCCUUCUCGGAAAAGUUGUCCGGAGCCGCCAAGAUGCUGACCCUCUGGGCGAAGACGGCUCUGCAGGUCAUGCCUUGACUUUGGAUGACCUUUCACCUCGGCUGGCUGAAUUGAGGUUUCUUGGUGUGGAAAUAUAUUCGGUUGUGUUUCAAGUUAUGUCCGGAGAGAUUUUGCGAUAUGUACCUUUUCGAUUUUAGAGAAUUGUUUUCUUUGCUGGGCAAUAUAUUCAGAUUGUGUGGACCACGGAAUGAAUGUUUAAUAAAAACAAAAAUAACAUUA